CGUCGGCUUUCACCGGGUCUCCGUGUCCCGGACAGCCGCGCCGCGUCGUGAGAUAAUCGCAUCCGCACGGACGCGCGCGACGACCACGGCCGCCGGCCGUCUCAUUACCGUACCGUUAUCGGCGCCAGCACACCGACGACCGCGCGACGACACCACGAUGCGUCCAUCGACGUUGUUUGCCGGACUGAUUGUCGGCUUCGUCGUCGCGGCCACCGCCGCCUCCGUCAACGGUAAGCGACCAUCACUCACCGCCACUAUACGUAAUUAUUGUAACGGUUCGUCGGCGACGACGGCCGGGUAAUUUGUGUUCGGGAAUUUCGUACGCGUCGUCUUGCGGCGAAACUUCGAAAAACCGUAGUCGCGUGUUUUUUUUUUUUUUUUUUUUUUUUUACACGGUAUCGAUCGCGGUUGGAUGUAAAUCAGAAGAAGGAAAAAAAAUCCCCGAUAAUAAAAACAACUAGGUGACCCGGAAAAGGCAUAAGAUAUGCGCUCCCCUACCCGCCUAAUUCGUGUGGUCGAUCGGCCGAAUGCGACGAUGUAGAGGAAAAAUGAUUUGUUAAAAAGUACGAUUGAAAUUUAUUGACAUGUGUAUAUUAAAACCGAAAUUAUCACUUUGACGUAUAUUUUUAUCGUUAUUAGUAAAUCGAAAAAAAAUUCAAACGGGCGAUUUUUUUUACAAAAUAAAUGAACAAAUAAUUAUAAUAACAUUGCGGUAUACCCUACUGGUUUUUAUAACGUCCGGUACCCAUCUCCGCGGAUAGCGCCGAGACGACGCGGCCAGUUCGAAAUCGCAGCGGACGCGAAAUCCGUUCAAAGACGUCUCCCGUUUAUCAAUAAUCUGCGUAGACUGAAAAACCGUAAAAAACAAAAAUAAUAAUAAUAAACGCCCGUGAAAGGCAUCGUCAGUACGUACAGAGCGAUCGAACCUCGAUUAGCGGUUAUCUCAGAAAAUAUUCACUUUUAUAGACAUUUUAUUUUUUUUCGAAGUAAAUAAUAUGAAACGAGUAGCAAUAAAAUGUUACAUUACUGUUAUUUCAGUUUCGGAGCGUAACGAGGAAUGUAUUGGUUUUACAAUGAUGUUUUUUUUUCUACCAGAAAUCUUGCUCCGAUUUUUAUGUAUAGUACUUUUUUUAAAAGUAAAUUUUAUUUAGGUGGUAAUUUAAAGAGAUCGCUUUUUUUUUUUUAAAUUUUCAAAGCGGUUUUCAUAAUAAUUUGGAAAUACUUAAGAAAAUGUACGUACAUGUAUAAAAUAAAUUUCGCUCCAAAUCGUUUUUCGUUAGCAAUAGUUUAUCGUUGCUCACAUGUAUAAAUUGAACCAUCUUUGACAUCUUACCUUCCCAACUUCUCAACUACGGCAGUGUCCCACCCUUUGUACGAAAUAUGUCCGUCUUUUAUUGUUUGCAAUUCUGUUAAAAAUAGUCAUAGUGACCUAACAUUUGUAUAGAAUACUUAACCUUUUCUAGAGUUGUUCUAGUGGUGCAAUUUUGAUAAGAUUCUUGAUAAUUUUCGAGUUUAAUUUUAGUUUUAAUUUAUUUGAUAUACGUAAUAAAUGUACAAUUAGCAGAUGACGGAUGAAUUCAAAUAAAUGUCGGAACAAAACAUCGGUAAUGUAUGUAGCAUUUUAGAGCCGCUUAUAUCAUAAGUUGUCCAAAAAAAAUUAACACUUUCUUAGAUAUAUGAUUGACUCGUCGAGGACGGAUGACCCUGUAGAGUACAAUUCCCCCCCCCCUUUAUUUUGUGUUAUAACCAUAUCCUUUAUAAUACAAUAAAUAACCGAAUACUAUAAUAGUACAAUACUGUAUACUACGACUGUAUAAGUACUACUUUAAAAAACAAAAAAAGAUGAAAUUUAAACAUAGAAAUGGUAGGGGUCGGGGUAGACAUUUGAAUUUCCCAAACGACACAUCCUCGAAACCAAAAACGCGUGCCCCCGGAUUGCAUUUGAACGGGGGUCUGUGUUCGGGCCACGGUUCAAAGCUAAAAAAAAAACACCCUCCUCGCGUACCACGACGGUGGAUUUCAUAAUAUUUGAAACUCAAAUCGACUUCAAUCACACUGUUAAAUCGAGAGUGGGGCGGCUCGCCAAAUGAGUCAAACUAACCGCCGCCUCGUCCACGAAUUUUUUUUUAUUUUUACUUUAAAUAUACAUAGACCACCAUCUUUUAAAAUGUUUCAAAAUUACUUGCGUUCGAAAUAUAGUUCUGAUCGAUUUCAGACAAAAUGUAUAUUAAAUAUUAUCACUUUUGAAUUUUGUUUAAAUAAUAACUGAUAACCGGAGCCUUAAAUAAACCAUAGUAAUGACAACAGAGCACCUCGUUUUGUACACUCCCGACAGUGUGCAAUAGAAUGAUUUUGUGCAUGUUAACGAACAUAACCGUACCCCCCCCCCUCUCCUUGUCGUUUUCAAAGUUUUCGCGUCUAUCGCUACUCGCAAAGCCCGUCACUGAGUUUCAAUCCUGAAAACACAAGAUACUCUAAUUCCCGGGUUUUAGCUGGGGGGAAAGUCGCUAAAAUUAUAUCCAAAACUAUCGGGGGAACAUAAUAUAAAUACGUAACCGAAAAUAACGCGACGGCGCGUCAGUUUUCGGGAGAAAUUUGACGAGAACAAAACGACGAGGACGCAUAUGACGUGUUGUAAAAUAAGACGGACAUAAUUUGCACGAAAGGUGGGCCAAUUUGAACGAUAAACUAUUGCUAACGAAAAACGAUUCGGAAUGCAAUUUCUUUUAUUCGUGUACAUACAUUUUCCCGUUUUUCCCGAUUAUUAUGAAAAUAAUUCCGCUCGGAAAUUAAAAAAAACGAUCUCCUUAAAGUACCACCCCGGGAUAGAAUUUCGUUUCGGAAAGGGUACGCUUGGAAACCGAAACGAGAUCUGGUUGAGCAGUUGUUUACGGAUAAAAAAAAAAUAAAAAAAUAAAAACGUCAUUGUAAAACCGAUACAUUCCUCGCUUCUUCUCCGAAUUUACAAAAUAAUAAAAUAAAUUCCGACUUUUUCACACACAAAAAAAAGAAAAAAAAAAGAACCGUUUCGUUGUAUUAUUAUAUCAUACGGACUAUAAAAUUUUCUACACAGUCUCGAGACGCCGAAAAAUAUCAUAAUAAAGUCUGGGGAAGUAUAGGUACCCCCGGAAACCGUCCUCGCCGCAAAUACAGGACCGGCGAUCCGCGACAAGCGAUACAAUAAAUACACCACAGGGUACACCCGACCCGUAAUGUUAUCGCCGUCCGCCCGUCCGUGUGUGUGUGUCGCGGCGGGGUCGGUUUUUUCCCCUCUCAAACGCCGUCCGCGCGCCCCGUACCCUUUGCCGGGCGUAAAUCUAAUUGGCCUUGUUUAUUCGCCGUGACAUAAUUUCAAUACAGGCGAAAUUAUGUUAUUACCCUGUUCGCGGUUGCCUACGCAGUAAUUUCGCGGCGAACGCAAACAGUCGUCGGGUACGCCGUCCACGGUAGGCGCUGUCCAGACGGCGGCGGAGAGACUCGAUAUGUACGCGUGCCACUGCCACGGCGAAUAAUAAAUGUUCGAAAAUCGUUAUUCCGCACGCCCGUCGAAAAUACCGCAACAACUCUACCGGCAGUGUCCCCGGUGUUUACGCGUGGAAGUGGACAGUUGUCCGGGGGGCCCGCGCGGAUCGGGGUUGGGUAAACACCCACGCGAAAUUCAGCCGGUAAUCGGCGUGUCGUCCCGCGUCGCCGAUUGCCGUUUUGCCGAUAAACCGGUUUUAUUAGGUAUAUUAAAAAAAAAAAAAAUUUAAAACUAAAAAAGAUUUACGCAUUUAGUAUUAUCGAAUGUACAAGCACUAUUAACAAUAUCAAUAGGUAAUCAACGAUUAGAUAGAUGUUCAAAAGAAUUUGUCUUAAAAUUCGCAUGAUUUAAGUUCAAUACAGUUUUGCAGUUUAGUACUGCGGAAGUAGUGUAAACCCUGCAUAAACGGCAACGAAGACGAGUUGUAGCGGGAUGGAGUCGUGAGUGAGCGUACUUCAAGCAACAUGCGUCACAGGUAAAUAUUAACAAAAAAAAAAAAUGUUGUCGGCGACGUGGGAUUGAACCGUAGGCGGAUACGUCAUAUCGACGGUGUUUUGUUAAAAGGCCGUAUACCACUAAAAAUUUAAAAAUGCAUAUAUGUUAUCAAAAAAAUUAAGAGCAUAAACUGGUUAAAGGGCGAAAUUUUUAAAUCCAAGGUAUUGUGUGUACGAGCUAUUUUUAUUGUUUUCCAUGAUGAACAUCGACCGUUUUGCGGUUGUUUUUUUUUUUCGCUUCCUGAAGAAAAGUGAAAUUUGACGGACACCCUUAUAACAAUACACCGUCGAUAUGUAAGUUCCGACACGAACGGAAAUAAACCGAUACGAAUUAAUAAUAAUAAGAUCAUUUCUUGUUAUACAUAACCAGAGUUCCAUAAAAUGUGAUGCUUCACUUUCUGUACUGCACUGGUACUAGAUGUUAUAUUUAUAACAUUGAAUAUUUAAUAUUAUUAGAGUAGUGGCCAAUCCAUUUUAUUGUAUUCAGUACUUAUCGAUUGUUAACAGAGUUACCACCAAAAAUGGACGUACCUAAUUUCUUUUAUGUUCAGUAAGUGGGAAGGAAAUUCGUAUUAGUUUCGAUUUUUAUUCGUGUCGGAACAUACGACGGGUGUAUUAUGUUUUGCGUUGGAACUUACGUUCGCCCUGCGGAUCGGGGGCCCCGCCUACCGGAUUAUACCGGACGUGCAUGCGGCGCACGAGCUCGAGCCUCCCCUCCCCGUCCCCAUUUCCGUUCUAUUAAAAAAUACGAUAAAAAUAUCGUAUCCAAUAAACGACGAAGAGCGAUGAGAAUAAGCAUAAAACCAAGGUCAUCGGAAUUGCAUGCAGUGCGCAGGACCUAUGUUUCUUUAAAUCGGCCCCUGUCUCGGCUCCGGGUACGUCCAGAAACAAAAACGAUCUCGCACUACAGGACGCGCGACCGUUAAAAUAGAUUUUUUCUUUAAAUCUUUUUUCGAAAACUUGAAUUUUCCCGGUUUAGUCGUAAAACAUUCACACAAAAUGGAUAUAAGCCGCGAAAUUUCCGGCGAAACGUGUGAAAAGCGCCCGCUCGAUUCGUUCCAAAAGUAUAGUGAAAUCGUUAAAUCGUUCCACUUAUGGUGUUCGAAAUCGUAAUUUUUGGCGUACGACAUGAUUUUGUAUAAUAUACAUUUUUUAGUGACGUCUAAUUGGACACAUACGCUUUUAACUCGGAUGCUGAUUCAAUAAACCUAUCGGAAAAAUACGAAUUGAUCGAUAGUAAAACAAAUAAUAUAAUUGAACGAAUUCGACUGCGUUUAUUGCAUAUUAUUAUCACGUGUUAAUAACGAAAAAAUCCAUACAAAAUCGCGUUUCACUCAAAAUGCACAACAUUGGAUACAAGUCGAAAAUAACGGUAACGUAUAAUAAUGGUUUUUGGAAUAAAUCGACCGAACCCUUGUCUUGUACGAGAAUUCCGCAUGAAAUUCUUCGGUACAGUUUAUUUUAUUAUUUCAUGAACAUUUUACAAAAAAAAAAAAUAAUAAUAAUAAUAAUAAUAACGAACCCGGAAAAACAAGGUUUGAACGUAGAAAAAAAAAAAAAAAAAAAAUCACAAAAAAUCUAUUCUGAGGGCAGCGCAAUAUGACGGAGUACCGUCCCGCAGACCGUGGCAUUUUUUUUCCGGAACACCGUCUGCAGUGACUGUAUUUAAUAUCAACCCAAAUGGCCGGGGGAAAAAACCCCGUACGGUUCGGGUUAGUUCAUCGCGUACUAAUUUACGGGGGUCGAUUGCGAAAUCACAGAUGACAUUAUAACAAUUAUUCGGGACCCGUCGGAAAUAAUGACUCCGCGCGCUGUUUUCGACGCGGGUUAUACCGGCGCUGCUCACCGAUCGCAUGUCGUUUGCCGAAAUAUUACAAUGUGUAGUUCCGCGCGAAAUUAUAUAUAUACGUUUUUUUUUUUUUUGUUAUUAUUUUAAUUAAUUAAACGCGACCGCGAAACGAUUUUAAUUAGGUGUACCCGCUACGGCUAUACUACGCACCUGCUGCACCCACGCCAUUAUAGCGGUGUCGCGAAUACCGCUGUUAAUACAGCACAACGCGUAAUUACAGGUGUCGUUGCGUUGUACACGUACGCGGCGCCCGUGUACACGCCUGUAACGUUUGCGCCGCCGCCGUUGGUACGCCAAUCGGUUCGUGCCGCGAUAUUGUUAAUUAAUUAACUUCAUUAUGCGAUAUCGCAACGGUAUUUAUGCCGAUCUCGAUCGCGUUCGAUGCGAACGGCCGCGGCGGUGCGGACCCGGCACAAAGGCCGAGUUCGCCGCGGCACCGCGCCCUCUCCCGAUCGGAAAUUUUGUGAAACUCUCACGCCGUCGUAUUAAAACGUACACACGGCGUGAUAAUAUGCGCUGCAAUAAACUACCGUUUCUCGUGCGUAUUGUGCGACUGAUCGCCUCCCGGGGGGAAAAAACAAGCUCCCCGGGGACAAUGGGGACGGGCGCAGCCGCCGUUAUGCAUAUGCAAUCCGACGUAGCUCGUAUACCUGAAAGCGCGGAUGCUUAACCGAUGCUAACGAAAAAACCGAUUCUGAGCGGAGUUCGGCUGAUAGUGUUGCUUUGUUUACGGUAUAGUAUGUAUCGUGCGCGAUAUUAUGACAAAAUAACAAUCGCGUUAUAUAUAUAUAUAUAUUUUCUUUAGCAAUAUUUGUUUAGUACUGUACCUAAUUUCCCGUUUUUCAUCUUUUUUUUUUUCCGGUUUUUCCCAAUUGUCGGGAAAACUUCUGGGAAAAUCAAUGAAUGAUCUCACUAAAGUGUCUCCCCAGUCCGAUUUAAUUUCAUUGUGGCAAAAUUGCCGAUAAAAAAUAAAUAAUAAUAAUAAAAACAAACAUCAUUGUAAACUAAUACAUUCCUCGCUUCGCUCAGAAUCUAAAUAUAGCUUGUAUACACGUUACCGACGUAUAUAUUUUCGUGUUUAUAGGAAAAGGCGGUUGUAAAAAUAUUUCAGAAAAAAAAAAACUGGUCUUGCUGAUUGGUGUGCCGAUUGUUGUAGGUGGAGAAUCUAGAAGGAUGGACGCAUACAAUAUAAUGUAUACGAGUACAUCCAUCAUACAUGUAUCUAUGACUCGGAUAACCAUUUUGUUAUUCGAUUUAUAUUACAACGAUAAAGGCAUUUAUAACGAUUCUGGGCGAAAUUAAGUUAAAAUUAUUUUUUAAAUGCCGUGACUAUUGCGAUUUUUUUUAAAAUUUGAACAUAAAAGAGCUUUUAAAAAAAAAACUACUACAUUAUACUUGGCUUUUUUUUAUUUUUAACCUUUUUAAACUCGGUUAAAUUGUUCUGUUCGGCCAAAACAAUUUAUCCGCGUAAAACAUAUUAGUAAACAAUUAUUGCAAAGUAAACACUUAUAAAACUCGAAAAUGUAAAAAUGUCUACAAAUAGCUCGAAAAUGUUUUGAAACUGUAUUACGCCUAAGGCCAAUAUAUGUACCCUUUAAGAAUUUCCUCGAUUAUUUCUGACCGAAUUACAACCAAAAAGGAAAACCGAAAAUAACGAAACCGUUAUUUCCGUAAACUUUCCCGUUUAACUUACGUUUUUCCGAAUUAUUAAGAAAACUGAAAUGAAAAACUAUCUCUUCUAACUAAAUAACAUUUGCUUUUAGAGAAGGUGCUACACUUGAAAAUCGGAUUUAGAUUUCUAGUGGAUGAGGUUGUUAUUGACGGUAAGAAAAAUGUCCACUUAUCCUAAUAAAACUAUCACAUUUCUUGCUACGCCCAAAACCUAGACAUUUAAAUUGAUAAUAACCAUUUAAUAAGAUAUCUUAGUAUGAAACCUAUUCGAUUAUUGCAAUUACUGAUUUAAACGUCAUAAUCGUGUAUACAAAUUUAAAUAAAUCUAUAGAUAACGAUAUAAAAUAGAUAAUGGUUAGAAUAAUAUUAUCUAAAUCAACGAUUCUCAACCUGUGUGGUACGCAUUUUUUAUGGUUUAAAAAGAUUUAUCUGGACGAUUUAGUUUGUUUAUCUCAGAUAACCUAAUCUUCAUUUUAAUUAAUAAGAUACAUGAUAAAACAUAAACCUAACUAGCUAUAGAUAAAACGCAUACCGAUCAUAAUAUUAUAAUGUGUAUGAAAAGUUAAUUUACUUUACUAAAAAGAUUAUCCCGAACGACAUUUUUAGGGAACGAAAUAUUUCAACAAAAACAGUAUGAUAAUAUUAUUUAUCGCUUAACUUAUACUUACCGUGUGGUUUACAAAAUAUGCUUUGUGUAUAAAGAGCGAAAAAGAAGACGUGGUACGCAAACUUCCAAGAAAUUCCAAGUUAUCCUACUUACUAUAGGUAUUUAUAAAUGUCUAGCAUAACUCGACAUUUGAACACAUUUCUUAUAAAUAUUUUAUUAUUAUUAUUAUAAAGGUGAUCAUUUUAUCAUGAAUCAGAAAUUUUAUUAUGUCAUCUUCUGGGAGGAAUUUUUUCAAAUGAAUUUUUGUUAUUUUUCAACCAUUAAGGAAUCGUUUAAGAUUUAUUUUAAAAUCGUUUUUAAUUUGUUAUCCUUACUCCAUACACCUUUAAAAAGUAUAUUACUUUUGAUUUUCAAGUACGAAUCCCCCCUCUUUUUGAUUACAAAUUAGAAUAGAGAAUAAUUGUCUAAAAAUAUAUAUCACUAAUAUCAGAUUUACUAAAUAAGAGUUAUAACAGUUUAAAGUUUAGACUGCGUGGUAAGCGAAGGGCUAUGAAUUUAUCAUCUAAAAAUAGACCUUUGUAUACUUCUACUUUCUCUUACUUCUAAGAUCGUAAUUUUGUAGUGAUCAUUAUUAAUAUUUUGGGGCUGCCGUAACCGUACCUGCGCGUUUUCUACCAAUUAUAAAAAAAAAAAGUCGAUUGUGCCGCACUCUGCGUAGAAAUCCACAGUUGAAAAAUCUUUAAAUCUUGCUGGUUCUAAAAACUGCCAGAAAAACCCAUACAGAGAUUUUCUGGAUAGAUAAGUGGCUAAAUCGAUUUUCAAAAAGAGGCUAAAAUCGGUGCCAAGUAGAUAUAGAAAACCGUGCGGUAAUCAUGUGAUUACAGAAGCCUCAAAUUAUUACUGUUCUGAUCAAUUUCAAUUUAAAUAAACGGUUUUUUUUUAGAACGAAGAAAAAAUAUAAGACUAAUAUUAUUGUUUAGAAUGUGGUUGAAAUUUGACCGAGUUUGAAAGUAUUAUGGGAACAAUUUUUGUAGCAGUUUUCAUAAGUUUAAAUUGAACGAUCAAAAUUAAAUAAUUUUAUUUGUCGUAAGUCAAAAAUAUUUAAAUACUAUCUACAAAACUUUUAGAUGAUUUUCCGUCCUACGUUUCAUUUUUCGAAUUUUUUGUUUUUAUUACUUUUGCAUGAUUUAAAACACCACGUACCUAUUGUUGUAAAUGGACUUUUUUUUUUAAUAAAAAUUCAAGACUGAUUACACAUUAAACUGUAAUUCUGGGCUCUCAAGGGGAUAAAAAAUCCACAAUAGUUAUUAGUCGCCGGGAUUUUUGUCCUUAUAUGCGUUUGUUGGUUGUUUAGUCGAGUUAAAUAAUGGAAAUUAUUAUUAUUAAAGGUCCUUUUUACCUACGUCCAUUAAUAAUUUAUAGAAUAUAUUGCCGCUGGUAUUUUGGAUGGAAAUUAAUAACAUUGUGUUAAAAUAGACGAGUAGGUGGAGUCACUGUGGUUAUUAUCAGACGUCUUAUACAGUGUAGAACGACAAUGGCAAUAAUUAAUGGGAAUUUGUUUUUCAUAAUUCGUAAACUUAACGGUUGCAAUUUAAUAUACCGACUCGACAUAAGGAUAAUUUCGUAACCUGUUAAUUAUAAUAUAACGUAAUCAGACGCACAAUACGAUUAAAAUAUAAUAUGUUAUUAUUCGAAUACUUACGCGAAAACCUUUCAAAAUCGUAACUGAUAAUAAUAGGUAUACUGUUAUCACGGAUGAUAAACAUAAUAGCGAAAAAACUAUAAGGUACCUAAAUACGAAUAUUUUGUUUGUUUUUUUUUAAACAGGAAUCGAAAAAGAAUAGUGUUAAGGAUAUUAUUAAUAUUAUAAGGUAUAUACAACGGUACUUUUCGGAUUUUCAUCGAUUUUUAGCCGAAAUUAUACAGUUCAUCUGUGAUAAUGAAAAAUAUUUUUAAAAAAUCGCACCACGGGUAGGCGACUGUUGCAAGUGGAUAUUUUAAAAAGUACCUAUUGGAUUUAAGGUUGAAUGUAAUUAAAAUGUCAAAAGCAACGAUAAACUAUUACAAUCAAAAAACGAUUCUGACCGGAAUUUAGCAAACUGAUAAGAAUGUAUAGUAGAUACUUAUAUUAAUGGUGUUUUUGACAAAACAAACCAAUAGAUAUCAUAGUCAUCUUUUAAGUUAUGAUUUAUGUGAACAAACCUGAGUAUUUUUAGUUUUGAUUAAACAAUAAAAUGAUUUCUGAGAAAAAAAAACUACGUGUCUUAUUGACAAUACGGACAAUCUUAAAGCAAUACAUACUAAAAAAAUAUUUCGACUCCUCGGUACGUUACAAGAUUAUAUAAUUACAAUUUCAAGUUAAAAAGUUAUUGUCAAAAAAAAAAUAAUAAUAAUACAAUUAUAUACAUAUUAAUAUCGUAUUCAUUCAUAUUAUUAUAUUCGGAAAAUGUUAUUGGAACUCUACAAUCGGAUAAACUGAUUUUUUUUUCAAUGAACAAUAAUAUCUAAACAAUAACUAUUUUGUUAUCCACAAUUGUAAAACCGUAAUAAUAAAAAUGUCAUAAUUUAUGAUAAUAUGACAACGAGACAAGAUUUUUAAAAAGUUCGAUCAAUUUGAAUAACAAUAACAAUUAUUAAGUACUUAUACCUAUCUACGCGUUAUUAAAAGGACGGCGUAUUCAGCAGGAAUAACUUUGUGCCGUUAGUUUUAAUAUCAGAGUGAAUUGGUCUAUUACCAAACUUAAAGACAAGAACAUAUUAAUCUGUAUGUGAAUCUACGUCGAUUAAGUUUCUCGGUAUUUUAAUUUUAAAGCGAGUUAUGAGAGCAAGUGUUGUACUAUAAUUAAAAAAUACUUAUAUCUCGGUUAAAAAGUUCGAAAAUAGAUCAAAUACAAUCAAAUAUUUAACUAACCGCACAAAAUUGUACCUGAUAUGCUUUGCUACGCCGCCGUACGUGACAGAGACAAUAAUACAUAUGCGAGUAUCACGUUCUACGAAAAUGUUCGUAUCCGGAAGUUUGAAAACAUUUUUAAACGUAAUAUACUUAUAUAGGUAGGCGAUUUACCGAGUGAUCCAUUUAAAUGGGUUACACUCUCGGAAAAUAAUUAACGUUUUCAAAGUUAUUUUUUCUCAUCAGUUAAAAAACAAGUAGCUCUAAAACCGUUAUUAUUGUCAUCCUUGUUUUUGUACAUGAAGCGACUUUUAAUAUAUAGAGUGUCUCACAAAGAUAUGGCCGUUUUAAAUGCAAUAUUGCGUAUAAAACGGAUUUAAAAGAAAGUUAAUACUUUUGCGAAAUAAUGAGUGUAUCAACUUGAACGGAUCACCCGGUUUAUAUGUUGCGAAAAUGAAUAAUUUUCACGGGGAAUAAUCUAUAAAUAAAUCAGGUACGUAGUCAGAGAGACCCAGACCCUCCUCCCGACAUAUUUGUUUAACUAUUUAGAUUUGUUUUUAAAUCAAAUCAAUACGUAUACCUAUACGUAUUUGUAUUUGAUUAGGUACUCAGUAAAAAUAUUUUCGGAGAAAAUGUAUAAUCUCUUUUUAUAGCGGAAUUUAACAACUAGAGGGUGGUUUACACGUGAUUCGAAGAAUGUAUGUAAGUAUGUGUACAAAUCUUAGAUUAUAAAUGUAAUUAAUUUUGAUCUAAAAUGUAACUAUGCAUGUUGAACCUAUGUAUAAGUCAUGUAAUCGUCAGUAUUACGAAAAAGCCCCUGUGUAAAACUUAUACCUGGUAUAUGUCAGAAUCGAUAUUUUUAUUCUCCUUAACAUUUUCUGAAUUUUGUAACCAACAUUUUUCAUUACUAAACUACACUAUUUGUAUUCAUUUGAACGCGUUAUUUCAAUAUACCUAAUGCCUUGUAACAGUUGUAGCUCAUACUUAACAUUGAUUUCUCAAACACGUGAAAGUGUAUUUAUUUAACGAAUGGCCCCAAAUUCAAUACGAAAUUAUUUAGAUUAAAAAUAUCAUUAUACAUUAUCGCGUAGGUAAUAAAAAUACAUAUAGGUAUUAACUUUAUUUCACUUUUCGCAUAAUAAUAAACUUAAACGACCUAUUUUCAUGGAGUUAAAAUCCGGAAAUCGAUAAUUUUCUGCAGGUAUUCUUAAACAAAGUCACGCGAAAAAUCUCGUUCUUAUAUCCUCUAUAUCCUCUAUAGCACCAUAUCUCUUUAGCUCUAUAACUACCUCUAUUAAUUUCCAAUUGAAUUAUAUAUUACAAAUAUUUCUAUAUUGUAUAAAUUCUCAAUUUUUCGCUCUUUUCUAAGAUGCGUUUUUGCCUUAGUCAAUCUCGUCCUCUUGCCACCAGAACAGUACUACUGUUCGUUUUAAUAUAAAACAACCAAAAUAUAAAUGCACGACCCUUCGAAGAAUAUAAAAUACAAUAUAAUGAUUUAAACCGUCGACUUUCACGACUUUAAAGGUGGCAUUAUCAUUAUUUCUCGUAUCAUAAAAUAAUUAUUACCAUUCUGUUUAAUUUUUUAGGUAUUGUUCAUUUUUAUUUUUCAGUAUGUACCUAUAUAUUAUCCGAAAAUAUAGACGUUUAUUACUGGCUUUAUUGUAAGGUACAGUGAGACACCAUUUAUGCAGUAGAUAAUAUAAAAAGUGCAAUUGACUGAAGGAAUAUAACAAAAUUUACUUUGCCGAAGCUAUUUAAAAUAAUGCGUGUAUAAUACUAUAACAGCCGACGCGGACGGCAGUUUAUUUGACUCAUUACUAGGGCUCGGAAGUUAUAGGAGUUGCAUAUCUUUCUGUGUGCACUGGAUUUAUAGCAGACCAAGCUAGAAAUUCUUCCUAUAUAAUGGAUAUUUUAAAAAUUGAACAUUUAUAAUACAUAUUUUGCAUAUUUCAUUAAUUUUAGAGAAAAAGUGAAUAUUUCAUCGAUUUUCGUUGAUUUUUUCAAAUUUUUACGCAUAUUAUGCAUAUUUAAUAAUUGUUAAAAAAAAAUUGUUCUUUUUUUCUUUCUUCACCAAUGUAUUUUAAACAAUAUUGAAUUUAAAACUUAAUAUUGUUUAACGUAUUUUGCUAUUGUUUUUUCUUAUCGUCUCAGUCUACUAUUAAUUUAACGACAAAGGUGCGAUUCGCAUUCAAUCUUUAUCUAUUGUGCGCAUAUUAAUAAUGGCAUUGUAUAUUUUUGAAUAAUAAACUUUGAAUAAUUGUUUCCAUAUUUAACAUUUUUUCAUACAUAUUUUACAAUUUGCUCGUAAAUAUUUUACCUUUUUUACCUCCUAAAACUUCCGAGCCCUACUCAUUAUGCAUAUUUGUGCAGUUGGAAAAAAUCCUUACAAUAAAGCCUGGUUUAUUAUUCAUAGACAAUUUAUACAUCAAAGACAAACUAUUGUUCAAAAUAUCCAGUAUCUAUAUCACACAAAGCUACAUUAUUAUUUAUUUUUAGAGCGUAUAAUUCAAUAUAAUAAAUUAUUUACUGUCAGAAUUUGAGCGGGUAGAUAAAAUAUUAGGUAAUAAUUAUUUCGAAGCCAUAAAUUCGUUAUUUAUUGCAACAAACUAAAUCGAGAUUGAUUAGAUAGGUGCACUCUCGUCAAAAAUCUAAAUAACUCGCUUUAUCGCGUAAUUUAAAAGCAACAGCAACACUGUAAAUCAGGAUUUUAAUUGUAUUUAUGAAUAUAUGAUUAUGAUUAAAUAGUAAAUAUCGUUUGUGGGGUUUUUAUGAAAUGUGGGCGGCUAUGCCAUAUGUACGUUAUACUUACUAUAGCACGUCAAUGACCGAUACCGAAUUAUCUGGACGAAAAAUUAUAUUAGCUAAUUAUAAAUUCAGGACACGGGACUUAUUGCACUUAACAUUCACAAAACGUCGCUUAAAAAUAUCAAAAGCACUUAAAUUUUUUUUUUUAAAAAUGGUAGGAGAAUUUAAGAGUCCAUUCAUUAGUGAAAAUAACUUAUUAAAUUAAAUCCUCUAACACCACAAAAAUAUUAACACAACGAAAGUUUUUUUUAUUAUACGUUAAUACAAUUUGAUUUUAAAUGGGUUAAUUUUAAACCCGUCGAUCAUUUUUAUUUUUACGUUUUAACGAACUUUUAUAUAGAAGUGAACGAACAGUGAUUGUACAAAAAAUUAUUUAAAUGUUUCAGAUUCUGAAACGAUAAUGUUCUGAUCAAAUUUAUAUUCCAUAAAUAUAUUGUACAUUUUCCUAGACCAAAAACAUUUAGGUGCAUUGAAAUGGUUAAGCUCAAAAAAUCUACUGAAUGUUUUACCACGCCCUAAAAUUGUAUCGCGUCUGUUAUUUUAUGAUUUUUCACUAUGAUUAAAAAAAACUACAUGGAAAAUGACCUCUUCAACUACAUACAAUAUAGAUUUUAAAUAAUCUACUAUAUCUUACGAUUUAAACCAAGAUUUCUGGUGGUAAAGUGAAAGUUUACAGAAUAACCACACACAUCGUUGUAAAACCUGCAAUAUGCUAUGCCUCACUUCUCUUAAGAUCUAAAAAUAGUACUCCAUUAAUUUUAUAGUGAUAUAAAUAUGACAUUUGUUCAACCCUCCUCCUACUCUCGAAACUAUUUCUCGCGUUUGACCCCGGACGUUGUCCAUAUGAGGUCUAAAACACAAUGUGGCCCUUUUUGUCCGCAAAGUUUUUUUAUUCCCAGUAUAAUACAGGCUACAAAUUAUACAUACCUAAUGAGUUCAAGUGAAAUAGUGAGCGUGUGUGGUUCAAUUUCAAAAUAUUAAACGCAAACAAACUCCAUCGUCGUGUUAAGUAUAAUAAAAUAUUACGAGUAUUAUAACAGUAAAUAUAAUAAUAUUAUUAUGCAAUGAAAACUUUUUUUUUCGCGUUUAACGAAAUAAUAACGACAUUAGUAUUCUAUAAAAUAAACUAUUAUGCCUUGGUGUCUAGUCUAAGUAUCGGUUACCUCGGCUCUUAUAUUAUUAUUUUAACGCACCGUUUAUAUUAAUUUGCAUAGCGAUCCCCGUAGUCUUAAAAACAGUAGCCCGCAUUAUAAUAAUAAAAAGAACCGGCAAAAGUACCGUAAUAUAAUGUACAAGAUAUAGGUACUUUGGUUUUAUAACGUUACCUGUCCUAUUGAAUGGUAUUUUUUUAUUUCCCCUCCACCCCCCACCCACCCCAUUUUUAUAAUAUCUACUCGUCGACGUAAUAUAUAGGUAUCGUAAAAAUGUUCGUUGUUGUUUUUGUAGAUAAUUGCGGUAUAAGUGAACUUUUCCAGAGUCGACUAAAUGACUUAUUUUCUCGUAGAACGUCCCGUCGUUAUUAUAGUGAUAAUUUACAAAUAUUAUUACGUAAAAGCAAAAAUAUAAAAUUAUUAUUGUUAUUAUUACAAAAAUAUAAUGGGGUUUUAAGAUAAUGAAAUAGUUCAGAAAUAACACUAACUACUACCUACAAUGUUGUUUUUUUUUUUAAGACAAUGUACGUUUAAUUUCCUAACGAAUUUUUUCAACUUCCAAGAUCUAUGAAUAAAAAUCCCUAAACCUAAAUUAAUUAUUAAAAAUUCUUAACAUUUUUUGAAAAUUUAAUUAAAAAUAAAUAUGUUAAGCUAAAAAUUGGGCGAUAUCAAGUAUUAUUUUUAAGUAGAUACCGAAAUAUUAUAAUAUUUUAUCACAAAAAAAAUGUAUAUAAACCUAAUAUCGGUGCUAAUGAGGUUAUCAAUAAGUUGAAUUAGAAGAAUAGCAAACGAAAACGUUCUAAAGACAAUAACAGAAAAAACGAACAUUGAUAGAUACUCUGAAGAAAAGAAAAUAUCAGAUAACGCGUUCAGACAUGGUGAAUAAUUACACAGUUUAGAAACUGAAGAAAUGAUAUAAAGAACAUACGAUCAAGAGUUAAACCCAAAACAAAGUACAUCAGCCAAAUAAUGAAGAACGCAGAAGUCACUACUUAUGCAUGAAACUCAAGAAUAUGGCAAACAACAGAGAAACGUGCCCUUUCGUUUUUGUUGUAAAUAAAUUUGUGAAAAACUAAUCUCUGGAUUGAAAAACCGACAAAAAUAUGAUAAAAAUGUGCAUAAUAAUUAUUUUCUCAAGUGUUAAACCUUUAUAUUAUUAUAGUAAUAAAAAUAAUAUUAUAAUUAUUAUAACUUUGACACUUUUUUAUAAUAUAAGCACGGAAGUUCUAAUUUUUUUUUUUUUUUACAAACAUCAACCACAAAACAAAAGUAUUUCAUUAUAAACUACCCACGUCAGUCAAUACUACAAUUGACCUUAUUUAUAAAGCUCUUGUAUAUUAUAUUUAUUUAACUUUGACACCAGGGAAAAUAGGGUGCAUGUCAUUUUUCUCGAGUGUUCAUGGCAAACAAUAAUGGAUGGAUACUUUAAAAAAUUCCCUAAUCCAUAACUGUAGUUCAUUCUCGGUCUUCUGUUUGAUCAGUCUUUGAUCAGACGGUUACGUCAUAAUGUUGUUGGCAUAAAAAUGACAAGUCAUUCUACGCCUCUUCCAAUACCUAACAGAAACAAUUAUGGUCAAACAUAAUAUAUCCCUUUAGAUCGUUAAACUGUCACGUUUCUGUAUUAAGAGUCAAAGACAUAAUAUUAUUUUUAUACGGAAAAGCUGAAAAUACUUCGCACAGCAGACAGGCGGACAGGUUGUAAGUGGGUAAUUUAGAGGUUAUUGGAUAUUGGGGAUUUCAGUUUACAUACUGAAAACAACUGUUAUUGCAAUCAAACACUCAACACUGAACGUAGCUCGGUAAUUUGAUAAGGCUAUAGUAUUAUUCGUGGUUUUCUCCAUUAUUAUAACCCGGGUAGUCCAGAAAUUAUCAAAACGGAACCAAUAUGUAUAUAGUCAUUUGUUUUCGUUUUUUCGAUUUUUUAGAAUAACUACUGGAAGACUAGAUAAUGUUUGGAAUAAAAUACGACAUUGCGGGAAAUCUGUUUCUUUUUGAGAUGCGGCGUAAAAAAUCAGAACGUUCUUAAGACCGGAAAAGGGUUUUCCGAGAGAAAAAAAACCACAUCCUAGUAAAACCGCUACACUCAAAAAGUUUUUCCUAAACAUAUUGUCUCUUAUUCUCCGUACGCCAUGAUAAAUCUUAAAUUCAUUUGACAUUGUAUAAUGAGUAAGAAAAUCCAUGAAAAUUUACAAAAUACUGCAAUUUUUAUGAUAAUUUAUUAUUAUAUAUCGCUGCGGCAAAAAAAAAAUAUAUGCAAUAUAAUAAUGAUGCGAUACAAUUGAAGACUCAACAAUUUAACUCGCGUCCCUGCGGUAAUAAUAAUAUUUUUAUUUGAACAUUUUCGAGCAUUACAAUGGUUCUUCUGUUAUAUUAUAAGAAUAAAUACAAUAUGAGACGUAUAGAUGUAGUACGUCUUAUAAAAAUGAGAUUAUAUUAUUAUUAUUUUGGUGUCUAUUGUAUAGUUGCCCAGACAGGACACCGUCAGUUUAUAUAUUAUAUUUUGUUCCUUUCAAAUUUAACGAAAAAAAUUAUAUAUAUAUACUCUACCCAUGAUUCUAUCCUAAAUGAAACGUUGUGUUAAAGCUUACGAAAUACAUAUAUAAUAAAAUAUAUUCUACGACCUUUUUUUGGUGGAAGUGAGAACUAUUAAAAAAACCACGUGACGAUUUUUAUUUCGCAUUCAAAUCGGUAUCAUUUUUCUUAAACAAUUUAAGUACGAUAUUUUCACAUUUAUCGUAAUAAUAAUAAAAAUAAUAUCGAUAUUUCAACGUACGAGUACGUACCUUUAGGUAGUAGACAGAUACUUGGGUACCUACUUGUUUACUUACUUAAUACUUCCCAAUAGACUUUUUUCAAUAAACUCGUUUAGGCCACUUAAAAAUUACGAAUCUUUAUUGGUGUUUUAGGGAAUACAUUUUUGUUUUAUAAUGAUAACACUUAUGUUGUUGUAUAUAGAUGACGAGGGAAUAUCUGCGGCUGUGCCUUGGAACAAUCGGUUUGACGAGAGGAUCUAUGCGGACGCGCCCAACUAUCUAACUUACCAAUUGAACCACAAGAGAUACUAUUCGGUACCUUAUCAUCCGGUAGCCAGAUUGAGGUCCAGCCAAAACGCCGGCGUGCCGAUACCGUACGCCAUAAGGAACAACAUGAACGAAGACGAAAACCGGUGUAAUUAUCUAUAGCAUUUUACCUUUAAAAUGAUAAACUCAGUGGCACCGAAUAAAAUCGAAAUUGAUAGUUAAAACAACCCUUUCCCCUUUAUUGACAUUUGUAUAGGGGAUGUUAAAGUUAUAACUUUAUAAAUUACACUAACGCAGCUAACUAUACCAUUUUAAAUUGGAAAUAUAGUUGGCCAUAAGAAAUAUAGAAAAUAAUUUAUUCGAUUUUUUGAACAUGUUAACAAUCUUUAGCAGUGUGUUUUGAAGCUCUGUACCGAGAUGUCUGCCUUUUCAUCCAUUCACCUAUUUUACAAGGCAGUUCAAUUUAACUACUCAAAAUACGUGUUCGGGGCCACUUCAUUGACAAUAAUAAUCAGCGAUUUUUUUUCCUAAACCUAUUGUAGUCAAGACCGUACCCGUGGAAAGGUUUUUCAGAUAUCGAGAUUAUUUAUUCUAUUAACGUUAAUCGUUUCUUUCUCUAACAUAUUUUGUCGACUUUCGAAGCGAUUUCGGGGCGGGAGUUGAUCCCAGAAGGGUAUUUACAGACCCCCAAGCCUAAACGUAUCCUAAAAACAUAGGUAACCUAUUCGUUGAUCCAAACCUAAUACCUAAUGCUCCGAAAAAAUGAUUGUUCUAUAAGUGUAUAACUAAAACCUAUAUUGCCCAGGUCAAUGGAAAGCUACCACGGUUGCGUAUUCGAUACCGUUCAGGCGGAACAUAGGCAGGAUCUGUGAAUACGCUUUCAGGGUUCAUCCCCUGUCUCAAAAACAUUUCGAAAGUAGAAGUGUGUUAGGAGAAACAAAAAUGAUUAACAUGACGAUAACACAAUAAUAAUUAAUCUCGGCACGACCCAUGUUGUAAAUCAAAAUAAUUGUCCGUUCAAAAACGUCCGAGCCAUUAUUAUUACGAUGAAUAAUGAUAAUAUUAUAUUCAGAGGUGUCACUUACCACAUAGCCUCGGCGCACAGCCUUCGUUAGAAUAUCGAUUCAGCAAACGAUGCUCUUUGAUUAGUGGCGUAUUUGUUUAUCAGUGACGGUUUUCAAUAUUAAUUGUGUAUGUUAUGUAGGUACCAAAACAAUAAUAAUCGCCUUUAUUUAUUCAAUAUUUCGUAAUAUAAUUACCAAAAACAAUAUUACGCAUCGUAAAAAUAACGUGGACUCGUGUGUAUCCGGAAUGAAUGUUUCAAUUUAACAUCAUAAGUCCGCGACCAUAUAAGGUGGUAUGGUUUUUCUAAUUAUUUUCAAAUAUUAUUUCCCGUAACCGACAAUCGAUAUCCAUUUGAAGGGUAAAAAACCAGAUUAGUCACCUAUUUUUCAAACUGAAAAAAGCGUGUUUUCAAUUUCAAAGCCUAACAAUUUUUUUUUACUAAGUAAAAAGUUCUGAUUAAAUUUAAUGUUAAGCUUUGAAAUGUAGUAACCAUAAGAUAAUAAUUGCAUAGUUAUAUUAUUAACCAAGGCUGUAACCGUGUAUUAACCCAACACUUACCUAGUUAUAAAUUGACUAUCUGUUUAUUUUUUCCCGUAGACCUAAACUUCUGGUAUUCAUUACUUUCGACUAGUCUGGUUUUUUCGCCGUUUCGAUCAUAUAAUAGAUACGGCACGUCAAUACAAAUAAUUUGAUACCGAUAUCGCCAUUUUGAAAAAAAAAAAGUGACUAUCCUGGUUUUUCCCCUGUACCCUUCAAUUGGAAACGUCACGAUUCAACAAUACAUUGAUCUGGUUCAAUCAAGGCCGAUCAAUCAAUCGGACCGAUUUGUUAUACUGCUCCGCAAAAAACCCAGAAAUUUCAAAUAAAUUCUAUUUUGGUUUCAUGAGAACACAUUAAUAAUCAUAUAACUGAUCGUAUAUAUUAAAAUUAUUGAACAUUUUGAAUGUCGAAUAAUAUCCUCUUCUUACAGUGGUUAUCGGCCAGGACCGGCAGGCUAGGACCGUCUCAGCCACACUCAAUCCUCCAAUUCUUCCUGUUGGCCGCUCUUAAUUUCCAGUUCGACCCCUCUUUUCCCAGAUUCCACGUCUCUCCACGCUAAAUUUUCUCAUCUCAAGCGAAGUUUUCCUAGAAGUCUCUUCCCUUCCGGAUUGUCUUACAUUGCCACACGUAAAAUCGGUUUCCGAAUAAUUCACCGAGCGUUCUUUCACUCUUAUUGUGAUAUGUUUUUUGUUUCUGUUUUAAUCCUAUUCUCCAUUUACCAGUUAUCUUCUCUUUCAUCCCCGGUCCGAAAACUUUCCACGGGAUUUUUCUUUUCAAAACAAUUAUUUUUCUUCCUUUCAUUCGCUCCUUUCCCCACCUUAGUAACUUGUGAAUCCAUAUUAACCGCAGAAUUUGUUUCCUGAUCAAUGAUGCAUCAUCAAAGGAGCGGACUCCACGUUAAAAUCCCCCCCCCCCAUUUAUCCAUGAAAAUAUCUUUUCUUAGAAAUAACUUGUUUAUUUAUCGUUUAUAAAUUAUACAAUAAUUUCAAAGUUUUAAAACAUAUCUCAAAAAUACAAACUCGAAAAACAAAUUAAAUUAAUAUUAAACUCUCCUCGAUAUACCCAGAAAUGUGUCGGUUACGGUCAAUGAAGUUGUAGAUGUAUUGGCUUUGAAAAAACGUCGGUUGGAUUUUUCACCGUGAAUUUCGUAAAUAUAUUAUUUUAAGUAGAUAUCUAAAUUUUCUUUUUUCAUUCAAAUACAACUGUUUUACCUUAAAAUUAUUAACACAACUCUUUUUUUUUUUGCUAGUGAUGUUUCAGUAUUAUUAUAUAAACUACCUAUAUGACAAUCAAUUUCGUUAAUAAUCAAUUAUAGGCAUACAAUUUGUAGGUAACUUGAAAAUUUGCAUUUUUUUGCGCAACGAAAUUGUUUGUUAUUCCGUUUGGAAUCGAUAUCCUAACCCAAACUGGUCGCGUCGCUGUUCCCGACAGACUACACGUCGACGCAUUCCUGUUCGAAUUCGUUUUUUCGCCCCCGCCAAUGCCGACGAAUACAAUAUUAUUCGUUUAUUAGCCCCGGCGCGCUUGUUGAUUCGUACCCAUGUUAUUUAUAUUAACGCGCGUCAGUGAUUUCCUCUCUUUGUAUUACAGUCGAACCGCCGGUGUGGAAGCCGACCGCCGCCGAACUAUUGGCCCUGUUGAUGAACCGCAAGAAAGGCGGAGAUCCCGAUUUGGAGAAUACGAACAUCAUGCGGUUCGGCAUUAGCAAAAGGACGCGCUUCGAUGGCGACAAUUAUUUUUAUUAAACACCAUAAUCGCCCGCUUGCGUCAUUUUCAUUAAUAUUAACACUGUUCUUAAUAUGUAAAGGUCUCAGUCGGCCGAUUUAAAAAAAAAAAAAUUAGUGACUUAAAUAUAAUAUAUUAUUAUCUCGACGUUAUCCUCCUUAUAUUAUCAUUAAAACCAGAAGAAAAAAUAAGCAAAAAUAUAUUAUAUAUAAAUGCAUUAUACAAUAUAAUAAAAUAAUAACUCGUGUUUAUUUGUUCAUUUUGUUUUUCGGCAUCUAUCGUUACUUAUUUAUCAUUAUAUUCGUAUGCAAAAAUACAAUUGUAAUACCGAAACAAUAUAUUAUUAUAAGAUAACAAUACUACAUUCAAAUAUACCUAGGUAAAGAUAAUAUGAGUUUUAUCAUUAUAAAGAAAAAAAAAAAAAAAAAAAACCACCGCAGAUAUACUGGUGUAAACAAACGAAAUAUUAUUAUAGAUAUUUCUAAAACGAGGGAUGUUCGACACGUCGACAUAUUAUUUCUACCGGCGAAACCGAGUGAAUCUUAUUGGAACGUUACGAAGCGAAUUCGGACCGAGAGGACGGAUUUAUUGUUUAAACAACAAUACGAUAAAUUACAGGGGUGAAAACGACGAGCAAAAAACCGAUACAUACGUAAUACUUUUUUUCUGGUUAUACGUCCGUCGUCUACUAUUAUAGGUACACAAUAUUAUAAUACAUUCAUAAUAUACUUAAAAUUAAAUUGAAAAAAAAAAAAACAAUAAACAUAAUAAUAAAAACCCGAUUUCAUUUUUCGAUAUCUACCGCAGCAAUAACAAAAUACAGUUAUUAUUAAUCAAGGUCGGGCAUUAUUAACGCGUUACUUUUUAACUCAUUUUUACUUAUUUUAACAUGGUAAGAUGUUGAUUUUGUGUAUUUCAAGCAAAGUGAAAUUUCGGUCGUAAGCCAGUUUUCAUUAUUCUAAAUGUUUAAUUUCUUAUUUGAUAAAUCUUCAACUAUUGUAAAAUUUCAAUUAUUAUUUUCUAUUUUUGGAAAUUCGCAAAAACGAUCAUUGCAACAAUAAAAUAAUUAUAUCCCGCGUACAAUAGGUGGGCAUUAAUUUUUCUUUUAAAAACGGGUCUCCUAUACUAAUAAGACUUUUUUUGUAAAAUGUAAACAUUUACGUACAUAUUACAACGUUAGUUUCAUUUUGUGUCGCUAUAAUCAUAGUCUAUAAUACUUGUCUCCUACAAAGUUUUGAGUUUAUUCAAUAGAGAUAUUCAUUUAACUCGGGAGUUUUCAACCCAUCUUAUCACUUUUCAAACCGAUAUACCGAGUUAUAUACUCGGUAUUAGUUUAAAUUAAACGCUGUAAGUGAUGGUAACUAUAUUUUUUUCAUCUUCUUUUGGUUUUAGCGCGCGAUAACGAAGCGUAUCGAUCAACCGGGAAUAAAAAGGCUAGAGACCAUUAAUUUAACUUCUUCUAUUAAGGUAUCUAAAUUUCCAACGGAAAUGUGAAAUUUAAUUUUUAACUAAAUUAAUAUUUUUUAACUUAACGCGAAAUUUAAAAAAAAAAAAAAAAACUUAUUGAACAAUUAUAUACUUGUCCAGCAUUGUUAUACCGUAGAUAAAGAAGAUAUUUUAUAAAUAUUAUUUAUAGUUAGAUUCGCUGAAAGUGGUACCCCCUGACGACAUUAUUUGUUCGUAACUACAUUGCAUUAUUAUAGAGUAUAAUCACGACAGUUACAGCUUUAGCCGAUGAUACUGAUAUUGAGAAUGAUGAAUAAACGUUUCGUCCAUACAACAACAGCGAGUGGAAAAUAUUAUAGUUAACUAUAACCGAACCCUGUUUUCUUCGGGUGUCUGUGUUUCCUGUAUCUUCGGGUAUUUACGGAUUUAACGCGAACGAACGGGGAUUACUGCCGUUAUCAUCGAACAGACGGGAAUUAUUGUAUUUUAAGGAAUACGAUAGUAUCGAAAAUUAUGUUCGAAGACUUUAUAGGUAUCGAAGUGACGUGUUAAUUCUCGCGGGGUGUGUGUAGAAUAUUAAACGGUAUUUUGCCGACGAUAAUCACGUAUUGACGGGCGUUUUCAAAACGCGCGGGCAGGUGUAUAGAAACAAAAAUACGGUAUUAUAUUAAGCAAACGGGUGUAAAAUAUUCGCGACUUAAAUACGGAUAAUAAUUAUAAUACCUGUCAAUAUUGGUUACGUUUUCGAGACGGUUUCCGAGGAGGGGAAGGCGGGUGACGACAACCGACCAUCACCUGUUGCAAUGUGUAAGAACAGUAAUUUCCGGUUUUACUUUUUUUUAUCUCUUUUUUUUUUAAAAAAAAACAUAAAUAAUAAUUAUAUAAUAUUAUAUAUUAAACAAUCUAUGGAUUUUUAUGAAAGAUAGAUAUUGUAUAAUAAUGUAGAGGCAUAUAAUAUAAUAUUAUAACACUAAGAGUAUGUAGAUUCAACCUUAUCACUAUUAUAUUAUACAUAAAUAGUAGUAUAUAUCAUGUUUACGAUAGUAAUAUAAUAUUAUAAUACCGACAAUGCGAAAGUAAAUACGUAAAGAGGAACUUUCAUUAUUGUUCUAUACGAAUAGAAAACAAAAAAAAAUACAAUAAUAUAAUAUAGAGGGUGUCAUAUAAUAUUAUUACAGGUACUCGUCAAUAUCGACCCAUAGACGAGUACUUUAGGAUGUCACGUGGUUUUUUCUUUUCGGAAGUUCUAAUAUUAUAAAAUCUGGAAAUAAUCCGGCGUAUUGGACGAUGUCAAUCGAUAUCUACACACGUUAUUAAGAGAUAACAGCGAGAACGGGAAAAAGGUUUUUUGACAAAAAAUAUCAUAUUAUUAUUACGCUCGAAGAACAUUUUUCCGAAUAAUUUCAUCUUUAAAAUAUUAUGUACAAUAAAAACGAAAGGCUCAAUAAUAUAUACCUAUACGUAACAAAUAUAUAUAAUAAAAAAAAAAAAAUAGUACAGGACACCAAAGUUUUUAACCGUCUUCGACCGUCGAAAGAACGAAGUGAACCGGUUAACACCUAUUUGAUCACGAAUUAUCAUCAUAAUAUAUAUCAUUAUAAAAUAUCGUUUAUCACAGAAUUGCUAUGUUUGAACUCGGAGAUUAUAAUAUCGAAUAUAGAUCGUCCCGACUUAAAAUAAAUUUGUUCGGAAUUCAUAUACCUAUAACAAGCGGACUUAUCGUACAAAAGAGAGACACCAUAUUAUAUAAUAUAACAAUAACAAUAAUAACAUUAACUAAUAGUUAUAAAAGAUAUUAUAAAAUUAUGUAAUAACUAACAAUAUAUUAACUUUUUAAAAAAAAAAAAUUUAAAAAAAAAAAGUUUAACGAGUAAUACGAUAGGUCACUAAAUGGAAUCCAAUACACCGCCGGAGAGUUUACUCGCGUACAAAUUGACCACCU